AUGGUAGCCUCAGCCGAUCCCACAAUUGUAAAUCAACUCUGCCGGAAAGGCCAAACGGUAGGACUCCUCUUUACCAAUGGAGGCGUCACCGGGGUCCAGUUGGACGGCAAUACACCGGUCGGCACGCCCAAAGGCAACUGUCGCUGCACAGCUAACAACGCCGUCUCCUGUAAUCCGGCAGCCCUGCUUGACACCUUCUGCACCGAUCCGAACAAAGCAUGCCCACCCCCCCAAUACGUCAAUCGACUCUGUCUGAAAGGCAAACUCAUAGGGGUCCUUGACAGUUAUGGAAGCGUCACCUCGGUCCAGCCGGAUGGCAAACCGGUUGGGCCGGCCAGCGGCGACUGUAGUUGCGGCACUUCCAACAAGGUCUCCUGCUAUCCAAGAUCAGCCCAUUCUGGCGCCAUCUGCAUCGACUUGACCAAAACAUGCGCUUAA